AUGCGCACUUACGCGCGGGCCGCCUCGCUGGUCCUUGCCCUUGCCGUGGCUGCCUGCUUGCUGCAGCGUGUGGAGGCCCAUGGCUACCUUGCUGUGCCUCUCUCGAGGAAUGCCCUGCACAACACCGACUACUGCAAGCAGUGCCUCAACGCCGGAGGACCGAGCGCUUGCAGCGCCGGUGGGUCCUUGGAGUGGCCGGCUGGUCGCCAUGGAAUGUGCGGGGACCCUUACACCGGGGAGCGGAAGCACGAGUACGGCGGCGUCUCCGCCACCGGCACCAUCACCGGGACCUACACGGAGGGGCAGGUCGUCAACAUGACGAUCGUGAUCACUGCAGCUCACAAGGGGCGUUUCAUGUUCAGGGUGUGCGUCAUUCAGGACCCAACCUCGGAGCGCGCGGAGCUCACCGAUGAGUGCCUCAACCAGCACAUCCUGAUGCAAGCUGAUGUGGCUGGAGCCCAGAACGCCGGCAGCCCCUACUGGUACGAUCGUGGAGUCGGAUCCUGGGACAUGGCCUACCAGCUGCCCCAGGGCCUCACUUGCGAUGGCGUCAACACGCGCUGCGUGAUGCAGUGGUGGUACCUCACAGGCAACUCCUGUGAGCCCCCAAACACCGACCCCAAGUACGCCAGCCCACAGCUGACCAAGUGCGGGACCAAUGGCGCCUACCCUGAGGAGGUGAGACUCGGGAAACUGAGCCCCCCACCCACCAAGAAGUCGCCCUCUCCCAGCACCAAGAAGUCCCCCCCUCCCGCCGCAUGCGCCGCCAAGGAUGCCACCUGCGGCUGCUCUGGUGGAAAGACCGGCCUCUUUGCCGACAUUGCCGGCGGCUGCGAGGGCUUCUUCAACUGCGGUGCCAGCGGCGCCUACUACAUGGUCUGCCCCGCCACCACGCUCUUCAACCCCGCCACCAAGAACUGCGACUGGCCGUCUGCGGUGACCUGCAAGGCCUGA